CAACAUUCGGCUGCCCCGUUGGCGAUAGGAUAUCAUCAAUCUUUUCCAGCUCUGACGACAUGUCUCAGUGAGACAAUUCCAUUCCCAAAAUGUACGACGAGAAACCAUGUGAUGUAGAGUCACCGCAUGCCAAAGUCGCGAGUUGCGAUGCACGUCUGUUGCGUCUGCCGGGCGAAGUCCUAAACAUCAUUUUCGAAUUGAGCGCCCCAACCAAAUCUUUCGUCGCCCUCCACGCGUCUGGCACGCGCAAGCAGACCAUUGCGUUCCAUCCUCGACAACCGGCGCUGGCGUCGACAUGCCGAAAACUACGAGAUCAAUUCCCACUCGAGCAGUACUAUGCGACUAAUUUAUUCCUCCUCACGGAGAGCAUGUUCCUACCGGGACGACUCGAGGAGUUCUUCGCCGGCAGGCCGCUGGCAAAACGCUACCUCCGACAUGCUCGGAUCGAUCUCUUGGGGAUACCCUGGAUCGAUCCCUCCAGUCGUAAAUUGUUCCUCUCCGCACAGUCCCGCGUCCGCUUCACGGCUCGUGUUACAAACGACGGCGAAGUCGUCAUCAGUCGGCUGAAGACGAAAGUAUGCUGCUGUUGGCUCCAUGCUAUUGCCAAGCGAGCUUCAAUAGGCAACGACCACGAAGGCCAUCUAGCGGAAUUCCUCCUCGGAUAUGCCGCGAAAAUCAAUGGGCGCUACGCCGAAUCACGUCAGACGUGCCCGGAAUGUGGUAUGGCAAAGACGGGAUCGAAUGCAGAGGACCUGAAUGCACGAUUUGUGAUUUUCUUCAUUUUUGGGCUCUUCUUCGUAGUCUUGGGCAUGUUGCUGAAGACGAGGAUCACGGGCUGA